CUGGCACCAGACCACAGACCGGCACCCGUGAAGGAGCUUGUCCAAGACCUAUCUUCGUGGAAACCGAAAUGGACAACCGAGAAAUUGGAGCCGAAGUUUGCGUAUGCUCAGUACGCGACGAGCAUGGAUUAUCUUUGCAACGCGGUGAUUAACUUUGGACGACUUCGUCGAUACGGUGCGAAGGAAGACCUUGUUUUGAUUCAUCCGAAGGACUGGUUGGAAGGGACAACUCGCGAAGCAAAAGCCUUGGCCAAGCUGAGGAUAGAACGACCCGAGAUCAACAUGCGCGCAUUCGAUGUCAUCUCCACGAACAAGGGCGACGCAACCUGGCGCGAUAGCCUAACGAAGUUCCACGCGUUUGCCUUAACCGAAUGGACACGAAUCCUGGCUUUCGACUCUGAUGCCCUUGUCCUCAAUACCAUGGACCAUUACUUCCUCAGCCCGAAAGCCCCCGUCGCGGUACCGAGAGCGUACUGGCUCAACGAACAGGAUACAGACAUCGCAAAGCAGGUGCUGGGGUCGCACGUAAUGCUUAUCGAACCGGACGAGAAGAGAUACCACAAGAUAAUAAAUGAGGCGAUGACGACCGGCGAGUUCGAUAUGGAGGUCAUCAACCACAUGUUCAAGGGCUCUGCGAUGAUUCUGCCCCAUCGACGGCUCGCUCUCUUGACGGGAGAGUUCAGGGCCAAGGAUCACUCGAAAUAUCUUGCGCCCGAGGAGGACGAAGAAUGGAAUGCGAUGGCAGAAGUCUCAAGAUCGUAUUUGGUCCACUUUAGCGACUGGCCUUUGCCGAAGCCGUGGCUACCGAGAACGAAGCAGCAAUGGCAGGCUGUUAUGCCGGAGUGCCCGAAAGAUGCCGUCGCGAAGCCGGAUCAACCUCGAUGCGCAGAUCGAUUCAUGUGGACCGGCUUUUACGAAGACUACGACAGGGAAAAGUCCAACCAGUGCAGCAUAGUAAUGGAGUAG